AUGGCUGAAUGUAAGAGAGACCCUGGGAGGGCCAAUCCCGCAAGUGAUCCAGAGAUGGAGAGAGAUAUGGAAGACCUGAACAAGGACCUGUGGAAAUUCUGUGGGAUCCCUGAAGCGGAGAAGUGUGAGAAGGCCGUGCUUCGUUCCCGCAUAGAGGAACAGUACCACCUUAUCUGCAUGCUGAAGAGAAGGGCAGACGACGCACACAAACGCUGCAGGGGCCUGGAGCAGCUCAACAAGAAGCUGGAGGAGCUGAGGACGGAGGAUGCUGCGAAGCUGAAAGCCCAGACCCAGCGGAUCCAGUGUCUGGAGGAGCGUUUCAUGCACCUUGCUGACAACCACGAGAAAAUGAUCCGCUUCAAGGACGAACAUAAGAAACAUAAUAGACAACUGUUGGAGGAGAACAAGCACCUGAGGCAAGAGAAUGAAACUCUGUUCAGCGAGACUGUGAGAGAGAAGGAAGCCGAAGUGCUCCAGCUCACUGAGCAGGUAAGGGAGCUCUCUCGGCAGCUGGAUUCCUUGCAGGAGAAAUGCGCUUACGAGACUCACAGAGCCCAGGAGCGGGAAAAGGAGAUGCUAGAAGCUCAGACCCAGCAGGCAAGCGCUUAUGCCAGGGAAGCCGAUUCAUUAAAAAAACGUCUGCAGCACUUACAGGAGAAGCACCAGCAAGUGCUCGCACAGGUAGAGCAGGAAGAAAGUCAGCAGAAGGCUCAGGGCAGUGAGCUGGAGGCGAAGCUGGAGAGGGCAUAUCGGGAGAAGGAGGAGCUCCUGAACGUGGCCCUGGAAAGGGGCAAAGCUCUGCAAGAGAAACAGCAGGAAAUUCAGCAGCUGGGGGAGAAGCUGGAGGCUGCAGAAGGAGCCAGGCGACUAGCAGAAAAGCGCCGUGCAGAAGAGGCCUCGGCAGGAGACAGUGAUGUGAGGGUCCAAGAGCUCCAACGGCAGCUCGAAAGCAGCAAACGGGCAUACAGCAAACUCUGGCUGCAGUUCGAUGCUUACAAAAAACACAGUCAGGACUUACUGACUAAAGAAAGAGAGCUGAAUGUCAAACUCCGACAUUUUAUUGCAUAA